AGCGCCACCAAAUUUCUCUCUCCUUUACUCUGUUUUUUUCCUUUUAGCUCAAUUUUUUUUUUCAGAAUUUUUCUCAAAGAUUCGAAUUUCAUAGAUUCGUCCUCUUUGCAAAAAAUCAAAUUACCUUUUUCAUUAAAUUUUUCAAUUUUCUAUUCUAGUCAACUACUUGUAUUUGCAAAAAUCACCGAUUUUCACCAUCAUUAGUAAAUAUAUAAUUUUUUUCAAAUUUUGAAUUUUGCUGAUUUGAUUGAAAAGAUCCGAAACUUUUCGAUUCGUUACAGUAAAUUUGAAUUUGGGGUUUUGCUUAUUGAGUUGUUUUUUCGAUAACCAUGUUGUUCUGGUCAGCUUUCACACACCUCGAUUAAUUUUAGUAGUAUAGAUUUUUCAAUUUGUUUUAGUGAAAUAGUAUUUUUUUUAAUUCAAAAUUUGAAUUUUGAAUUUGGGGUUUCGCUAAUUAGUUGAAAAGAUCUGGUUUUUAUUAAUGGUGAUGAUGGGUAUUGUUGCAUAGUGGUUAUUGAAGUAUUCGGAAGUGAGGAUUUAUGCUCUUAGCUUCCGGGUAUUUGGUAAAUUUUUGUUAGUAUUGUUAUAUAUAGUUGUUAAUUUGCUGGGAUCAAGGUAGGAAAAAGGUUGUUUUUUUUUGGAUUUUGAAGUUGAAAUGUCGAAGGUGGUGUAUGAGGGGUGGAUGGUGAGGUAUGGGAGGAGGAAGAUAGGUAGAUCGUAUAUACAUAUGCGAUAUUUUGUUCUCGAGACGCGAUUGUUGGCUUACUACAAGAGAAAGCCUCAGGACAAUGUGGUUCCAAUCAAGACACUUCCCAUAGAUGGCAAUUGUCGGGUGGAGGACCGAGGCCUGAAGACUCAUCAUGGACAUAUGGUUUAUGUCUUAUCAGUUUACAACAAGAAAGACAAAUAUAACCGUGUCACGAUGGCAGCUUUCAACAUUCAGGAGGCACUUAUUUGGAAAGAAAAAAUUGAAUCAAUCAUUGAUCAGCAUCAGGAGUCGCAAGGAACUAAUGGCAAUAAGUACAUUUCAUUUGAGUAUAAAUCUGAUAUGGACAACGGGAGGAAUGCUUCCUCAUCAGAUCGUGAAAGUCAGUUUAGUGCUGCUGAGGAUGAAGAUGAUUCUCAUCCAAAUUUGCUACGAAGAACAACCAUUGGAAGAGGUCCUCCCGAGUCUGUAUUUGACUGGACCAAGGAAAUUGAUUCUGAUUUGGCAAACCAGAAUGGGAGUAACCAGGCAUUCUCCAGAAAGUACUGGCGUUUACUUCAAUGCCAAAAUGGCCUUCGCAUUUUUGAGGAGCUUCCGGAUGGCGAUUUACUACCAAAAAGCUGUAGUAGAGCAAUGAAGGCUGUUGGGGUUGUGGAGGCUAGUUGUGAAGAUAUAUUUGAGCUUGUUAUGAGCAUGGAUGCAACACGUUUUGAGUGGGACUGCAGCUUCCAGUAUGGUAGUUUAGUUGAGGAGGUAGAUGGACACACAGCAAUACUCUAUCACAGACUUCAACUUGACUGGUUCCCUACGUUGGUAUGGCCUCGUGAUCUUUGUUAUGUACGUUAUUGGCGUCGAAAUGAUGAUGGAAGUUAUGUUGUGUUAUUUCGUUCCAGGGAGCAUGAGAAUUGUGGUUCGCUACCUGGAUAUGUUCGAGCUCAUGUUGAGAGUGGUGGAUUCAAUAUUUCUCCACUCAAACCUCUUAAUGGGAGGCCCAGAACACAAGUGCAGCAUCUUAUGCAGAUCGAUUUAAAAGGAUGGGGUGUGGGCUAUGUCUCGUCAUUCCAGCAGCAUUGUCUGUUCCAGAUGUUAAAUAGUGUGGCAGGACUUCGUGAAUACUUUUCUCAAACUGAUGAAAGGACUGCUGCUCCAAGAAUCCCAGUUAUGGUUAAUAUGACAUCUGCUUCAGUUUCUUCCAAGAAGAAUCAAAAACUCCAGGACACUCCUCAUCGUCGUACUCAUUCUUUGGAUCAAAUACGAGCUGCAAAUAAAAAUGCGUCAAUGAUGGAUGAGUAUUCUGAUGAUGAGGAGGAUUUUCAAGGGGCUGAUCAAGAGGCAAUGCCACCUAGCCCUGAACAUGAAAUGAAGAAAACUGCACUCGAAGAAGAACCUUUGGAUCAAAUUGAUUUUUCCAUCUUUUCGGGUAACCUUCGACGUGAUGACCGUGAUAAUAGUCGUAACUGCUGGAGAAUAUCUGAUGGAAAUAACUUCAGAGUUCGUAGCAAGAACUUUUGUUAUGAUAAAUCAAAGAUUCCUGCUGGUAAACCUCUGAUGGAUCUUGUUGCUGUUGACUGGUUUAAAGAUACUAAACGGAUGGACCAUGUUGCUAGACGUCCUGGUUGUGCAGCACAAGUUGCUUCGGAAAAAGGACUGUUUUCUUUGGUUGUAAAUGUUCAAGUUCCUGGAUCAACACACUACAGCAUGGUUUUCUAUUUUGUCAUGAAAGAGUUAACAUCUGGUUCUCUUUUGCAACGGUUUGUUGAUGGGGAUGAUGAGUUCCGUAAUAGUAGAAUGAAGCUCAUCCCAUCUGUGCCGAAGGGCUCAUGGAUUGUGCGUCAGAGUGUUGGAAGUACCCCUUGUUUACUGGGGAAGGCUGUUGACUGCAACUACAUCCGCGGUCCCAAGUAUUUGGAGAUUGAUGUUGAUAUUGGUUCUUCCACUGUGGCAAAUGGAGUUUUGGGACUUGUGAUCGGUGUAAUUACGAGCCUAGUAGUUGACAUGGCUUUUCUUGUACAGGGAAACACCCCGGAUGAAUUGCCUGAGCAACUAAUAGGCGCUGUACGUGCAUCUCAUAUAGAACUCUCAUCUGCCAUUGUACCAAAGUUGGAGCCUGAUACUUCGGAGUAGGUCAAAUCACACCCAUAGUUAACCCUCAUCGGAGGUUGAUUCUUGAAAGAUAUGUAUACAAUAGAUGUAGUUCGUUAUCUACUUUUCCAUUCAUCGCGCUCUUAAAAUUCAUUUCAGCUCAGAAUGGAGCCGUGUCUGUAUAGACGUUUGACUUAGAUUCUUUUCUGAGCUCAUUCAAUUGUCAGUGAGAGCAAUGAAUACCGUUAUUUCCGGUGCUGAUACAUAAUAAAUAGCGCGAAGUUGGAUUUGA